AUGGGUGAGGUGGCUUAUAUGGACGAAGGAGACUUAGAAGCAAUCGUCCGAGGCUACUCUGGCUCCGGAGAAAGCUCAGACGGGUUUUGCCUCCCAUUCGAGACGGCUAGUUUCUACGAACCGGAGAUGGAGACAACCGGUUUAGAUGAACUCGGUGAACUCUACAAACCUUUUUAUCCUUUCUCUACACAAACUAUCCUCACGAACUCCGUCUCUGUUCCCGAAGAUUCAAGAAGUUUCCAAGUUGAUAAGAAACAACGAACACAUGGUUGUCUUUUAUCUAACGGAUCAAGAGUUGACCAUAUUCGAAUCCCAGAAUCUAAAUUGAAGAAGAGCAAGAAGAACCAACAGAAGAGAGUUGUUGAGCAAGUGAAAGAAGAGAAUCUGUUGUCGGACGCAUGGGCGUGGCGUAAAUACGGGCAGAAACCCAUCAAAGGAUCUCCAUACCCAAGGAGUUACUACAGGUGCAGCAGCUCGAAGGGAUGUUUAGCAAGAAAACAAGUCGAAAGGAAUCCUCAGAACCCGGAGGAGUUCACCAUAACGUAUACGAAUGAUCACAAUCAUGAGCUGCCAACUAGAAGAAACUCAUUAGCCGGUUCAACUCGAGCCAAAUCUUCCCAACCUAAACCGACUAUAACCAAAAAAUCCGGAAAGCAAGUGGUUUCUUCUCCCGCAAGUAACCCCAUGAUCACAUCUACUGAUGAAUCUCCCGUUGCUGUUCAUGACAUGGGGAAUUCAGAAAUGAGUACCUACCAAGCAACCGAAGAAAUGGAAGGCAUGAGUACCAAUUUACCAUCGGAUUUGUUGUGGGGGACCGGAUAUUAUCCGAGUUUUACUGGUGACUAUGAGCUAUUGAAUAGCCAAGAGUUCCUCAAUGGGUACUUAUGGAAUUAUUAG